UUAGGCGGCGCGACGUACUUCUCGAAGUUGGAUUUGAAGUCAGGUUACCACCAGAUUGAAAUCCAGCCUCAAGACCGGUACAAGACCGCGUUUAAGACGCGGUACGGGCAUUUUGAGUGGGUCGUCAUGCCAUUUGGACUCACCAAUGCCCCCGCAACGUUUCAAGCAGCGAUGACGACUGAGUUUCGCGACUUGCUUGAUCGCAGCGUCCUCAUCUACCUUGAUGAUAUCUUGGUUUAUAGUAGGACGUUGGACGAGCAUAUCGUACACCUUCACGUUGCUUUGAAUCGUUUGCGACUAGCCAAGUACAAAGCGAAUCUCGACAAGUGCGAAUUCGCCAGGCAAGAGCUUGAGUACUUGGGCCAUUUUGUCACGCCGAAAGGCAUUCGUCCCUUAGCGGACAAGAUCCAAGCCAUCGUGGAUUGGCUGGAACCCCGUUGCACUACGGAUGUACGCUCUUUCAUGGGUUUGGCUGGAUAUUAUCAUCGAUUCGUCGAGUCAAACUCGAAAGUGGCCGCUCCUUUGUCGAGACUUCAGUCCCCGAAGGUGCCCUUCGAGUUCGACGACGCAGCCCGUGGCGCGUUCAGUACGUUGAAGGCAGCGAUGCAAGCCGCACCUGCCCUCCGUAUAUACGACCCCACCCUACCCACCCAAGUGACUACGGAUGCUUCAGGAUACAGUAUUGGUGUGGUGUUGGAACAGUGUCACGAGGACGGUUGACAUCCGGUUGAGUAUUUCUCCCAAAAGGUGCCUCUCGUCAACACUCUAGA